GCUGCAGCACAAAGAGAGACUGAUUAUAUAUAUAUAUAUAUAUAUAUGUGUGUGUGUGUGUGUGUGUGCCUGUCCGCAUGCAUCGUUUUAUUCCUUGCUCAGAACGAGAAAUCAGAUAGCCAGCCCUAGUCAACGCGGGCUCUACAGUGCGAGUGAGUAAUGCGCGUAGAUUUACCCAGUGAACAUGGAUGACAAGUCCAACAAGCUUCUCUUGGCGUUGGUUAUGCUGUGUCUCUUUGGCGUCAUCGUAUUGCAGUACGUUUGCCCGGGCACCGAAUGCCAGUUGCUUUUGCGCCUUCAUGCCGGCUGGGGCACGUCUUCUUCAGCGGGCGGCGCUGCGGCUUUCUCCGGCGGUGGCGGCGACCCUUACCGGGCAGAGGACGGGACCCUGUCUCGCUUCGUGCCCCGCUUCCACUUCUCUGAGGACGAGCUGCGGCGCGCAGUGGACUUCAACAUCAAGGGGGACGACGUGAUCGUUUUCCUGCACAUCCAGAAGACUGGGGGCACAACCUUCGGGCGACACCUGGUCCGCAACAUCCUGCUGGAGCAGCCGUGCGAGUGCCGGGCCGGCCAGAAGAAGUGUACCUGCCUCCGGCCCGGAAAGAAGGAGACCUGGCUGUUCUCUCGGUUCUCCACGGGCUGGAGCUGCGGGCUGCACGCAGACUGGACCGAGCUCACGAACUGCGUGCCGGCGCUCAUGGACAUCACGACGGAGCCCACGCCGCAGAAACCCCGCAGGAACUACUACUACAUCACGAUCCUGCGGGACCCGGUGUCACGGUACCUGAGCGAGUGGCGUCACGUGCAGCGGGGGGCCACGUGGAAGGCGUCUCUGCACGUGUGCGACGGGCGUGCCCCCACCCCCUCCGAGCUGCCCACCUGCUACUCGGGGGACGACUGGUCGGGCUGCACGCUGGCAGACUUCAUGGACUGCCCCUAUAACCUGGCCAGCAACCGGCAGACGCGCAUGCUGGCUGACCUCAGCCUGGUGGGCUGCUACAACCUGUCUGUGAUGGGCGAGGAGCAGCGCAGCCGCGCCCUGCUGGAGAGCGCCAAGCGCAACCUCAAGGAGAUGGCCUUCUUCGGGCUGACGGAGUUCCAGCGCAAGACCCAGUACCUGUUCGAGCGCACCUUCCACAUGCGCUUCAUCAGCCCCUUCACCCAGUUCAACAGCACGCGGGCCACCAGCGUGGAGGUGGAGCCCGAGACCCAGCGGCGCAUCCGGGAGCUCAACGUCCUGGACGUGGAGCUCUACGAGUACGCCCGGGACCUCUUCCUGCAGAGGUUCCAGUCCGCCCGGCAGCAGGAGCACAGGGAGGCCAGGAGGAGGCGCCAGCAGGAGAGGAGGCAGCUCCAACGGAGCCGGCUGCAGUGGGUGCGGCAGGAGGAGGAGGAGCUAGCCUGGGGGCAGGAGGAGAACUCCACUGGGGGAGACUACAUGGGCAAUGUGGAGAGGUGGCGGCGGUAAUGCAGGGCUCGUGGGGGGCUGGGGGCGUCACGUUCUCUAACCCUCGUUCGCUAGUUUUGAGAGAGGGUGGGACUUCUUGAUCCA